CUUAUCUUGUGACAUCACGGUCACCUCAGUCUUUUAAAUCAAAGGCUUGACAAGAAAACAAUGCUCAGCUUCCUUGUUCGAAGGUGGAACUAGAUCUGUGAGUGGGAAGGCCCAUUACAACGAGUCCAGGUAUGCUCCACGUUUUAUAAAAGACACGCUGCGGUGCAGGUAGAACUAGAAAGCUGACGGCGGGGUUAGGCUGCACAGGCGCACACACACGCUUGCCAAAACCUUGGAAAUACUGGCACUCGCUUCGAAUCGGAUUUCUGUUUUAUUUUUGUUGUCUGUAGGUAUCUUGUGAUCAGGAAACAAAUUAGACAGAAUGCAUUACAUUGUCAUCUUCUCUCUGCUCGUGGCCUCAGUCUUUGCUGACAGCCAGCCUCAGUCCUACUCCUUCUCCCCAGCAGUGGGGUCAGGAAGUGGCUCCUCAUACAGCAUCACCGGAGAGGGCAGAAUUACAGCAGUCCGUGUCUGGGAGGCUUACAGCAACUUCAUCUAUGGCAUCCAGGUGCGUUACGGCCAGAUCUGGUCCCCUCUCGUUGGCUCCCAGUCUGGCGACGUCAAGGAGUUUGAACUGUUUGACGAUGAAGCAAUCAUCCAGGUUUCUGGAAAAUACGCUCACUAUAUCCAGUCGCUGAUCUUCGUCACAAACAAAGGCCGCUCGCUGCACGUUGGCCAGCCCACGGGUCAUUCCUUCAACAUGUACCCUGUCCACCAGGACGCCGAGCUGCGCUUCAUCAGUGGUCGGGUGCACGGAGCGCUUACUGAGAUCGGAGCACACUGGGCCAUCCUCGAGACCAACAGCAGCACUGACCACUGAUGAGGACGUCAGUGGAGAUGAGCCAAACUUGUUUUAACUCUGAUCAAUUGUGUACACUUUUCAACAUUCCCCUGAAUGUGUCUUUUGUUGCUAAAUCUUCUUUAGUCCAUGUUGCAGAUGGUUUGAUUAUUAAGUCUGAAUCGCCUGUUGCAGGAAACCAAUUACUUAAAUGACAGGGCAAAGUAGGUGGGACAUAUACGAUUCAUUCAUUCAUUGUCAUGAACAUGUGUCCCACGUGAUUGGCAUUAAUACCCGGUCGCUUUCUGUUUCUGUUGAGCUGAUUCUGCAAUUUUAUUAUUUGUGUGUACCUUUAGCUUUGCACAAGUUGUUCAAAAAUGAAGGAUGUAAAACACUCAAUAAAAGCACAUUCUUUUCACAUCAAA